CGAUUCUGAUUCUAGUUUUUCAGGAUUUGAAAGUUGAAACCCCGAACCAGCUGUUCGGUUCCAACUCUAGUUCAGUUCGGAACAGGGACACACCAAAGGCUACAGUAAAUACUUUUGCGAAUCGUCCACGCCAAGUACGACAGCGCCUGGGCUCGGAACAGCAACGGUAGCUUACAUGUAUACCUUAGUCCUCGUGACUAAAGUGGUGCUUUACCGGAUAUUUCGCCCCGCCUUAAGGCGGGAAUUCUCUCUUUUUUCACAUGCUCCAGAGGCCUGCAGAGUCGAAGCUUCCUAUAAGUUCCCUUCCCAGCAAUCCCAGCGCAUCCCCUACCAUCCUCAAGCAGCUCGGCAAGCAAUGGAAGAUCCUUCACCAACGCCAAGACAUGAGAUCAAAGAAACCCAUACGAUAUCAGCUGUCAUAUUUGAUUUGGAUGGUACCCUUUUGAACACAGAGCAGGUGACAAAGGCUGUGUUUAAGGAUUUUUUGGCUAAAUUUGGGAAAGUCCCAGAUAGGGAGAAGGAAAGUAAAAGGAUGGGGUUGGUUCAGAGAGAGGCUGUCAGUUCCAUAAUCGAAGACUACGAUCUUCCACUGACACCUGAUCAGUAUAUAAAGGAUAUCUUACCCUUACAUCUGGGAAAGUGGGCGCUAGCAAAACCACUUCCUGGAGCCAACCGCCUUAUGAGUCAUCUCCAUAAUAAAGGAGUUCCAUUCGCACUUGCUUCGAAUUCUGUAAGGAGAAACAUCGAGGGGAAACUCUCUUACCAUGAAGGAUGGAAAGAACGCUUUGCGGUGAUUCUCGGAAGUGACCAAGUUAGAUUAGGGAAACCUGCCCCAGACAUAUUUCGUGAAGCUGCAAAGAGGAUGAACGUAGAUGCAGCAAAUUGUCUUGUGAUAGAGGACUCGGUAGUUGGAGUCAAAGCAGCAAAAGCUGCUGGAAUGAAGGUAGUUGCUGUGCCAUCAGUAAAUAUUGGAAUCCAUCAGUUUUCUGUUGCUGAUUAUGUGCUGCAUUCCAUUCUUGAGUUACAGCCUGAAAUUUGGGGUCUUCCACCGUUUGCGGACUUGGUAGAUAAUGUGUUGCCAGUUGAACCCAUUUCUUUCAAAGGCUUCUACAGCAAUGGACUUCUCAAUGAAUCCACAGAUGAUAUGUUGGCUGGUCUGCCUGAUCAAGUUUUCGGGAUUUAUAUGGGAUGGGCAAAAAUCUACUCAAACAAGUUACUGAAGAUUGUUGUCAGCAUUGGAUGGGAAAAUAAUAACUGUAGUUUAGAACGGCAUAUUAAAGCAUUUUUACCUGAGGGAAAUGAUGAGAAUGCCAAUGAUUGUGAGAUGGAGCUUGUUUUAGUGGGAUAUAUCAGAGGAUCAUAUGGGAAGGAAACAACAUAUGCUCUUGACAUUCUUGAUGAAGACAAAUGUACAGCAAGAUCUGCUUUUUGUCAACCAGAAUUUUCAGUUGAUGCUUGUAUGUCCUUAUUUCAGCAGUUUAAUGAGUGAAUAGAUAAUUUGGAGGACAUGAGAUUCUGAACGUGUUUUUUUGCAUGUAUAUACAUAUAGCCUGAGCAUAAGAAGAAGCCCUUUCAGUGUAUUUGUUUUGAACUACCCUCAGUCCCGAAAGAGUGACAAGGAUAACGUAAAUAUGAUAAAGCUAUUAAAGCAAAGCAAAUAGUAAUCAAAUAGUCAAUGAUCCGUCCUAAAUAAAUCCUCGCAAUAAUUUUGACACAUAGUUUUAUUAAAGCACUUUUCAGUCAGCACCUCAGCACUUAUUAUCCCCAUCACUUAUUGAAACAACUACAAAUUCAAAGCAUAUGUGGAGCCAUUCUUAUUUAAUUUUUAAAUCAUUCAGAUUCGUUUGAACAAGAAAGAGAAGAAAUAAUCUUAAUGUUUGAAUUCUUAUGACUUCUGAAUGAGUCCAGCAACAUCUUUAGGUUGCUGUUGGAUGAAACACUAAUAUUGUUGGAGGGAUAGAAUGGAAAAUGGCGGAGAACUCGUGCAAGAUAGAGCCUUUUCGAAGGUGAGUGGCGUAAAAAAGACCUCUAAUACAAAGCGAGUUUGCAUAAAGUGAUGGUCUUCAAGAGCUGUUUUACUUGGUAUACUGGCUCAACUCGGGAUGAGCGAAUCGGCAUCUGGAGAGGCACAUAUAUGUCAACUUCGAGUCUCAACUGGGGACAUGCUUGCAUAUCCCCAUGCACGGGAUCUGAGACGGAGGUUGUGAUGAGGUCCCUACAGAUGGAGGCACCCUCAUCUACAGCAACAAGUGCCUGCUGGGUGAGAUUAUAGUCGAAACAUAGAGCCCAUUUUCUUGACUCCAGAAGCAGUAUAUGCAUAAAUUCUCUCUUUCCAUCUUCACUUAAUGAGUUGUACACAUCCAACAUUCUCUCAUACUCGAGAUAUAUAUGCAUUGAUAAAAUGAAACAGUGUAAGCACUCUUAAUCUGGUUUUCAUGAACGCAC